AUGAAUAUCCACAGGGCUUCUUCAUCCGAGACUGCUAGCCGUAUGCGACAAACUCGUCUACCUCCUGGAGCGACCAGACCAGCUACUUCCUCUGCUUCUCGACAUCCACUUCCUAGCUUGGCAGCAGUGAUGAGUUCGCCAGAGAGACGUUUACAUUUGGUCUUAGCCUCUACUAACAAAAUGUUUCGCAUAGAUGAUUGCAUCCGGAAAGAUGUAGUUGCAACAUAUCAAUCAAACUUUUGGGGACCAUGGUGGAACUACAAUAUGGUGCCACAGGAGAAAAAGGAUGCAUGGUGGACAAGUUUUGUGAUGGCAACUAAUACUAAAGGUAGAGUCUAUGGACUUGGUUCACUUCAGUAUGUUGAUGCUGAACCCAAGGAGUCUCCGGCAGCUUCUCUACGCAGAAGUGUUGGGGUUGAUGGACGAUUGACCACUGUGGAGGGUGUUGUGACUGGGUUGAAGGAUGACUUUUCUGGGUUGAAACAAAGCAUCGACUUGCUGUUGAGGAUGAAUGGAGUGGAUCCUGUUACACAUCAACCUAUUCCACGUGAGAGUGGUGCAUCUGCUCCAAGUCCCCAUUCUGAUUCUAGCCAAGAACUUAACCAGCACUCUCCCACUCAUUAG